CGGCUCCGAGAGACAGAAAGAAACAUGUGUCACUGGGAGAGACAGAAUGGAACAAAACGUACAGUUCAAUGACAAGUAGAGGCUUUGGGAAGCGUAGGUAGGUGGAGAGUUGCAGAAGUAUAUCCAUUUCCCUCCCUCUCAUUUUCUUUAAGGGUGUUUUUCUCAGGGUUUUUAAACUCUUUCUCCUCCCCACGGCAAUCAGCCAAGCUGGGGAGAAGAGAUUGUCUCUGAACUUAGUAGUGUGUCUUGGCACAGAAGACUGAUAGUCAACAAGUAAACAGAGUUGACAACUGUGGUAACCACAGGAGCAAAACCUGCUCAGUGACAAGGAUGAGGACUCCUGCAGAGACCUGUGACCAGGAGCUGAGAACAGGUGCAAAGAAAGAGCAAUGCCUUCAGGAGAAAAGCCUACUUCUGUGUAUGCUGCUCAGUACUCUCCUGGGCUUAACACUGCUUAUCACCUACAUUGUGAUGACUUGUAGUCUAGGAUCCUGUGAUGUCAAGCUGGAUCUUACACUGUUGGCCAGACUCCUGAAUUCUAGGAAUGACACUGUAGACCCCUGUGAGGAUUUCUACAAAUAUGCCUGUGGCAGAUGGGAAAGCCAACACUCAAGCAGAACCACAGAAGAGUCACUAAAUGUAUUUGAUGUGUUGUUGGAAGAAAACCGGUUGAUCCUGAAAAGGCUUUUAGAGGGCCCACAUUUUGGGAUAAGAAGCUCAGCUAAGGAAAAAGCAAUCCAGUUUUAUCACUCCUGCAUGGAUACCCAACAGAUAGAAUCCCAAGGAACUCAGCCAUUGAAGGAUCUCCUAAACCAGGUUGGUGGAUGGAAUAUCACAGGUGUGGGAAAAGCAAAAGAUUUUAAUGAAACUCUUCAGACUCUCAUGGGCAGAUACAGCACUUUUCCCUUUUUCAGAGUCCAUGUGGGACCUAGUCCUUUUGACCGCAAGACCAAUAUUAUUCAGAUUGACCAUCCUGAGUUUGACAUGCCACUUGAGAGAGAACUCAAAGAGAAAAAUUAUCUUGAGGUUCUCCGUGUGUAUCUCUCAUAUUUGAACAAACUGGGGGGCCUACUUGGAGGGCUACAGGAUGGUCUCCCUGAUUACUUUUCCCUUACCUUAUCCUUCAUCUCUAACCUCCAGCAAGUUGUGACCCCAAUAAAGGAAAGACAGCAGAGGCGGAUGCUGUUUUUUCGCACUACCAUCAGGGAGUUACAGGAAAAGGCACCAGCUAUUGACUGGCUGUCAUGUCUCCAGGCUGUCUUCCAUCCAAUGUCAAUGAACCUGUCUCAGCCGAUUGUAGUGCAUGACAUGGAUUACUUAAGAGGCAUGUCACAGCUCAUCAAGAAGUGGCACAAGGAAAGGGUCCUUCACAUUUAUAUGAUUAUUUGUCUGAUUGGGAAUCUCUCCCCAGCCCUUGACAGUCGAUUCCAAGAUGCACGCGUGGAGGUAUCUAAGAUACGUUAUGGAAAAAUGGGAUCUAGAAUGAUUCUAGCUGAGCGCUGGAGGAAGUGUUUGACUGAUACCAGCACUUUCUUUGAACCAGUUCUCGGGCAGAUGUUUGUGCAAGAAAUUUUCCCACUGCAGACCAAGAAACUUGCUGAACAGAUGUUCUUUGAGAUCCGAGAUGCCCUCUAUGGUGAACUGGAUCAGUUGGAGUGGAUGGACGAACAGACUCGCCAAGAGGCAAAAGCCUUGGUUUCCAAAGUACAAGUGGAAAUUGGCUAUCCAGCUCACAUACUCCAGACUGACAAAGUGAACCUGGAAUACCAGAAUUUGGAGAUAAAUGAAGAAACUUUUUUCCUCAAUGUGGUAGCUUGCUUGAAAGUACUGCGGGAAAAUUCCUACUUGAAACCUCUCCAGCAUCGCUCACAGGAUAACUGGCAUGUGUCCCCCUGGACUGUGCAUUCAUACUACUCAAUAAGGCACCACAUGGUGGUCUUUCCUGCUGGAAUGUUCCGCAGCCCAUUUUUCCACAUGGACUUUCCCAGUGCUAUGAACUUUGGAGCCAUUGGAGUCUUCAUGGCGCAUGAACUUCUUCACGCAUUCUAUGCUUAUGUGCUGCCUGGGGGAUGUCCUACAUGCAACAGAAGUACACUACAGAAAUCUAUAGACUGCUUGGUUAAACACUAUGAAAGCUAUGACCUUAAGGUCAAUGGUACUUUUACACUGUUGGAGAAUACAGCUGACACUGGAGGGCUCACCAUUGCUUACCAGGCUUAUAAGAAUUGGCUGAAAAAGCAUAAAGAAGCAAAAGUUUUACCUGAGACUGAACUGUCGCUCGAUCAGCUUUUCUACCUCAGUUUUGCUCAUACAAUGUGUGGACAUCAGGAUCCUGAGAAACUACAGUCUUCCCUGAACACAGAUCCACACAGUCCUUUGCCACUUCGUGUCUGUGGGUCUGUCAGUAAUAGCCAGGACUUUGCAAAGCACUUCCACUGUUCCAGUGGAUCUGCAAUGAACCCAGACAACAAGUGUCGUGUCUGGUAAUCUGCAUGGAAAAAGAGAGGAGGAGAGAGAUGACCCCAGGGAGAGGAAGGCCUGACCCAUGAAUAUAUGACCAUCUUCUCAGGGCCACUAGGGUGAUAUGGUGCUCUUAUUCAUCCCUUUACCUUCCUUUUCUGGUUAUCUUUUCCUCAGCAGUUUAUGGCAGCAAAAUUCUUAAACUGGGAAGGGAAGAGGGUCUCCUCCUACUGCUCUCAGCUCUGUCUCCCAGGUGCAGCAGCUCUGGAGCUUAGCAAGUCCGAAGACAGUGAGAUAACUAGUCAGUCUCUAGCAGGCAGCAACAUCUGAAGACUUGUAAACAGAAGGGCUGUUACAUUAUUAGUCCCUCUGUUUAGCACAUUUCCCUGUCCACUCUAGCAGUCUCAUAGUCAUGUUGAAUGGACAGAGCAAAAAGCUGGAGCUUUCAGACUUGCUUAUAUAAGACUGGCUUUUAGGGAAAUCCUAUGAGUCACUAUGCAAACACACAUGUAAUUUACCAGAGAGGGAAGAAUACUCUUCACUUCUUCUGCCAAUAAAUGGAGACAUACAGUAGGAAAGACUCAGUGGCUCCACUUCUAGGCUGAAAGAUAAGUCACUUAAUAAUGAAGGCCUUCCCUGUUCUGUUUUUCUUUCAUCAGCAAUACCCGUAAGAGACAAAAGAGGAAAGCAUCCCCAUUGGUGGAAGGGGGACUGGGAGCUGAGAACAGGUUCUCUUUUUUCUCUCUUUUCCAACAAGAUUCUCCUUUUUGAGUCUCUGUUUAGGGUAGAGGAUAUGGUUGAAGGUGGAGUACAGGACAGUCACACGGGUUUCUAGAAGUCUCUGAACACUGAACAAAUAGAAUUCCAAGAACUUCUCUGGAUCCUGAACCUCAUUCAUCUCUAAAAGUUCUUGCACCUCUGCAUUUACUAUCUGAACAGAGGAGUAGAGCUGCUGUAGGAUUUUACUUUUUACUUGAAACUUAAUUUUAGGUAUUAAUUUACCUUAGAGGAAAAUGACAGUAAAAAAUAAUACAUUUUAGUGUGGAAGUAGGAUUGCUUAAAGCACAUUCUCAAUAGCAACCUAAAAAUUACAUCAAUUUCAGGUUCUGAUAAUUAGAAAAUUUAUACCAAUGUUAAAAAUAUACCAAAGUUAAUGAGUAUACAAAAUACUCCCACCUCUUGCCUACUCUUCAAACUGUUCUUGAUUAUGGGAGCAUUUUUAUUUUACUUAUUAUGUGGCUGCCUGGGUAUUGUUUGUGGAAUAGAUGAUGGCAAGUGGAAACAUCCCUUAUCAAUAUAAGGAUUGUAAAAAUUGUGAAAAUCCUAAUAACUGUGUUAAUACUUUUCAAAUACUGAGAAAUGCAGCAAAAUAUUUUCCAAGAAUAGAUAUUCAGAGUUUUUGUCUUCAUUAACUUAAAUAUUAAUAAAGUGUUUGCUUUAGAGAAAAAAAUUACUUUGAUUGCAAACUCUUUAUGACCAGGUCUGUUUCUUUGUUCUGUAUUUGUACUGUUCCCAGCAUGACUGGAAUUCUUAGUUGAACUUCACAAGUAAUAAACAGUAAUACCUUAAAAUAAUUUGAUUUAAUUACCUAUCAUAAAAAAUAACACAAUUGGGCUUGUGCUUAUCUUUACCACUUAAACAGUAUAUACUCUUCCUCCACUCCUUUAAUCAAUUUUGUCCUAGCAGCGUGUCCAGACUGUCUUUUUUAAAUUAAAUUGUUAAUAGUGAUUAUCAUUGUACCAGACCUUGUGUGUAGCAUAAAAGUUAUUUCAGUGUCCUGAUAUUACUUGGCUUCUUUGUUUAUAAUAUAUCUGUAUUGUUAAGGGUAUGAGAGGGACAGUUUCCUGGAACAUGCAGUUUUUUCUUGUUCUUACAAUGUAUGAUAAAAUUAUGAAUAUUCCGUUUAAAAGACACAGUCACCCUUGAAGCUGGUGAGUUGAAUCAAUUCUUCUUUAUUGCUAAUUAUGAUGUUUUUACAUGAAGAACAUAUGGGAAAUGCAAGAAGGAAGGUCUGGCUUAGAAAAAAAAAUUGCAUGAGUCUUAGACUGAGAAUUUAUUGUGUUCCUCAAGGAGAGGAGGGAACACCUUCAAUAUAUCAACAAAGUCUUUGCUCUUGUCCUCAGUGUUGCAAGUUCCCUGGGACAUAGUUGGUGAAGAGAAGCCAUUCUGCCUAGUAGGUGAUGAUGAACCACAGUUCUAAU